CUGAGCCGGGGAUGGGGACGGAGGGUUGGCUGCACACAUGGCUGGGACUGGGGGCUGUGUUUGUGGGGCUGCUCCUGGCUCCGGUGGCGGCACUGGGGGCCCACCAAGGAGAGCGGGUGACUGCCCUCUGGCUACAGAAUGAAAGAGCUAAGAGAUCAGUAGAGCUGCUGGAUAAGGUCAGUGGGACUCCAGACCGGGGAGAAAUACUGGUGACAUCAGAAGGAAGGCGGUUGAUCCUGAAAGUGGAGAGAAAUCACCGCCUGUUUGCGCCCGGCUACACUGAGACACAUUACACUGAUGGGCAGAUGGUCACAUUGUCUCCCAAUCACACGGAGCAUUGCUAUUACCAUGGACAAGUGCAAGGCUAUGAUGACUCCUCUGUCGCUCUCACCACCUGCUCAGGAAUCAGUGGUUUGAUUGUGCUGAGAACUAAUGACAGCUACUACCUGAGUCCCCUGGAGGUAUCAGGUAAAGAAACUCAUUCACUGGUCCGCACUGAACACCUGCCGAUCAAAGGUGGGAGCUGUGGGCAUGAAGGACAUUCAGGAAGCACCACCUCUUACUUCAAGGAGUUUACAGCACCUCCUGGCCAUCACAGGGUAAGGAGGAACGUCUGGAGGUCUCAGAAAUACAUGGAGCUAUUUAUUGUUGCAGAUUACAGCAUGUUUAUGAAACAGAAUCGGAAUCUAGGCAGCACGAAGCAACGUGUCCUUGAAAUUGCCAAUUAUGUAGACAAGUUCUACAUGUCCAUGAACAUCAAGGUGGCUCUGAUAGGGCUGGAAGUCUGGACAGAGAGGGAUCAAUGUGAUGUGAAUGAUGAUGCCAACGACAGCCUGAGAUCGUUCCUACAGUGGAAGCAAAAGUUGAGGUCCCGGAAGAAGCACGAUAACGCGCAGCUAAUCACAGGGGUGACGUUUAAAGGAACAACCAUUGGGAUGGCACCACUGGAAGGCAUGUGCACUGCUGAGAACUCAGGGGGAGUCAGUAUGGAUCACUCAGAAAAUGCAAUUGGAGCUGCUGCAACAAUGGCCCAUGAAAUUGGACACAAUUUUGGAAUGAGCCACGACAAUGACGGCUGCUGUGUGGAGGCCACUCCGGAACAAGGAGGCUGUAUCAUGGCGGCUUCCACUGGGCAUCCCUUCCCUCGCAAGUUCAGCCGGUGCAGUCAGCAGCAGCUUAUGAGUUAUUUCAGGAAGGGGGGUGGAAUGUGCCUGUUCAACAUGCCAAACACCAAUGACCUCGUGAUGGGGAAAAAGUGUGGAAAUGGGUUCCUGGAGGAAGGAGAGCAGUGUGACUGUGGGGAGCCAGAGGAAUGCACUAAUCCCUGCUGCAAUGCAAAUAACUGCACUUUAAAGGCCGGCGCCAAGUGCGCUCAUGGCGAAUGUUGCCAGGAUUGUAGGCUGAAAUCUGCAGGGACUCAGUGCCGGGAAAUGGCUGGAUCCUGUGACCUUCCAGAAUUCUGCACGGGGGAUGCCCCUUUCUGUCCCUCCAAUGUGUAUAUGCUGGAUGGGUCCUCAUGUGCUUUUGGGGAGGCAUACUGUUAUAAUGGCAUGUGUCUCACUCACCAGCAGCAGUGUAUCCAUCUUUGGGGUUCAGGAGCUGUGGUUGCCCCUGACUUCUGCUUCCAAGAUGUGAACAAAGCAGGAGACCAGUAUGGAAACUGCGGCAAGAAUGGAAGAGGACAAUUUGUGAAGUGUACAUCCCGAGAUGCUAAGUGUGGAAAAAUCCAAUGCCAGACGAGCUCAGAAAAGCCCAGGGACCCCAGCAUGGUGAAGGUGGACAACACCAUUAUCAUUAAUGGCUACAAGAUGAAGUGUCAGGGGGUACAUGCCUACUCCAUGCAAGAAGAGGAAGGUGACCCGGGGCUCGUAAUGACUGGGACCAAGUGUGGAGACGGCAUGGUAUGCAAGGAUCGUCGCUGUCAGAAUGCCUCCUUCUUUGAGCUGGACCAGUGCGUGUCUAAGUGUAAUGGACAUGGGGUCUGUAACAGCAACAGAAACUGCCAUUGUCAUUCAGGCUGGGCCCCUCCUUACUGUGACAAACCUGGGCCAGGUGGCAGUCAAGACAGUGGCCCUGCACCUAAUGACAUUCCUGUGGGUGUCACUAUUUUCUUGGUUAUCCUGUUCCUGGUUCUGCUGCUGGGUUUGGCUAUUGCGAUGGUCUACUGGUAUCGAAAACCAGGUUCUCUCCUGAACAAGUGGCUGAAGAAGAGCAAAGCAAAAUGCAGCUUAUGCAAAGCCACCCAACCAAAGGCAAACAGAGCGUAUUCAAGCAAGAUCUUUACUAUGCGCGAUAUAUCCUAUCCAGUUAAAUCCGACAGCAAACAAACUCACUCACGGGACAUAUUCCAAGGAAAAACAACUGCUGCUCAGAACAGUUCUCAUCCUGUUAACGUUGUGCGUCCUCUUCGUCCGGCUCCCAGCCCAGUGAUCCAACAUGGGAAGCCUCUUAGGCCUCCUCCUCCUCCAAUGAAACCGUCGCCCAUUCUGCCUGCAAAAGAAGAAACCGUUCAUGUAAAACUGCUACCCCCCAAGAAACCUCUACCCUCUUGCCCUAGGCCGCAGCAGCUGAACCCACCUUCCAAGCCACUGCCGGUGACUCCUGCUCACAAAGAGCCACUGUUGGUUAUGACACCGGCCACACAUAACAAGGCUCCCAUCACCAACUCUGCUACCCAGCUUAAAGGGCCACGCAGGCCAAUACAAGGGGGCAAGGUCCAAGCUGCUGCUGCUGCCUUUCUUCAGAGAAAAUAACAGAGAAGAGAAAUGAAAUCCAAAACCAGGGAUACGUAUCCUAAUAUUUGCACUAGAAGGCAAAGGCUUUCAGGCUUGGCACAAGAGGGAUGGUUCAUCUAUGGCCUGCCGGCCUGUCUUGGACUUACAAAAGCAACCUCUGUUCUUGGGUCAUCUCACAUCACAUGUAUGGUACUCACUGAAUCCCAGUGUCUGUAUGCUGGAGUAUACUGGAGUCAGCCAAUAUCCUUAGGCUUGUACCUCUGGGCUGCUGAAGGCAUCAUUCUUUUUUCUGGAACAUUUUGUUGGUUUAUAUAAAUAUAUCCAAUUCUUCAGCUUAUAGGAGCUUCAUUUUCAGCAGUAAUUCCGCUGAAUUCCUACAGCGUUCUGUAACUCUUUAGUAAAUACAAGAUAUUGGUGCCUUUGACUUGAUGAUCUCUUCAAACUUUAUAAUCAUCAAGUUCCACACUCCACCUUGUGCCAUUUUCCUGCAGGCCACUUUGCAUCCAUGUUGUAAUGGAAAGCUCAGUGAGUGUUCAACAGCUUUUCAUUAAAAAAAAAAUAGGUGCCAAUUGAUAGAGUAUGGUGCAAAGUUUGACUACUAAGUGAAAUGCAACAAGUGCCAGUGGCUAUGAGGCCCAGAGAAGGUCCCAUGGUGAAUUGUUCAGGCACUUUGUGCAGUCACCUGGAGGCAGAAAUAAGUACUGGAACCACUCUAUGUUGGUUAAAAAAAACCUGUGGAAAUUCAUCCUGCCCUGUAAUAUGUAUUUUAAUAUCAUUAUAAUAACAUGUACCAUUGACAAUGAGGCACUUUAAAGCGAUAUCCUGCUUAUUGAUGGACUCUGUGCUUCUGACUCUGAUCAAGCUUGGCCUGCCCUUCUUUUCUUGAAACAGGUGGUGGAACCAUAACAGGGAAUAGUUACUACCAUAGUGUGUCAGGGUGGAGCAGCUGGCAUGAUGCCACCAUUUUUACUAAAGCCUUUUUUGAUUUCUGUGUUUAUCGGCUUUUUUGAUUUCUGUGUAUCCAGUGCAAUACGUACUGUAAUUCCAUCAUGGUGCCUUAUACACAAGCAUGUACUGUUUGUACCUUCAUGCACACUGUAGGACAAUCUUAUUAUAUUGCAUUCAUUGUACUGCUUUCUCAUGAUCCUGAUAGUAGUCAUACCCAGCACUCAGUAUACAAUGGAAAUGACCUAAAGGACCAGACAUUUCACAGAGAAGUAUUUCUUGAUGCAUCUGUAUAGUUUUUAUAAAAAUAACCUUCCAUGCAAUGCCCUUGUACUCGAAGACUGAGCAGGUAGCAGAAUAACCUAUUAAACUGGCCAUAAAUAGGCUCAUAAAAUGGUAUGAACAAAGUAGAGGUAAUGAAUGCUUCAUCGGGAAUCCCUUUAUCCAAAAAGCUCCAAAUUUGUGUAGCAGAUAAACAGAAAAGUGGCCAUACCAUGUAUUGCCUAUCGUUCAGUAUUGGUCUGUUGUGUUAAGAAUCCAAUCACUGAGGAUCUCUGCUGCCUCCUACUGUCCUGACUUUUCUAUUAAAGUAAACUUUAUGAAAUCAUUACUAAUUUAUUUAUCCAAACAGUCUAUGUGUUUCCAUAUUUCAGCAUUCAUCUUACCUUUAUGUUACUCCCCAAAUAAGUUGCAAAGUACAGUGUCACAGCUUGUUGUUUGUGCAGAACAUUCCUUUUUGAUUGAAUAUGUAAGUAGGAGCUGCAAUAUACAGGGCUAAUCUUAUAAACUGCUGGGCCCAAUUGGGACCAUUUUGGUGGGACCCCCUAAACAAGUGUUGCCAGCUGGCACAGGGUUCCAGGUCUGGGUGGGCAAAUAGUCUCUCGCUCUGUGAGUGAUGGUGUAACCCUGCCUUUUCCCCUCUCUUUCUCUUGUUCCAUUGGCCCCCAACAUUUCAUGGCACAAUAUGGCCCCCUAGCACUGGGCACUGACACACCAAGCAUAGUAUAUACAGUGUGAGACAGUGAUUAUUGGCCCCUCAGGCACACUAUACACAGUGACCCCCUGGGAUAGCAGUAUGAAUGCAGUGCCCACUUUGUGUUUAAUGUCUCAUAACAUAACGUAGCAGCAUUAUCAGUCAAUUCUUAUUGGGGUGAGCUGGACAUCUUUAUGUGCUUAUUCCCAAUUGUGUGGGGCCCUGUUGGGCCCAAUAGUUCCAAUUGGCAUACAGCCACCCUGGCCAUAUACCUUACACCACCUGAGGCAUUAUGUUUAGACUUCUAUAGACCAACACCUCACACUGCUGAUCAAUACAUCAAGCACUUUACUUUACGUCUAUAGAUAAUGUCCCAGGCAAGGGAAGAAAUGUUAUUAAAUACAGAGAGGGAAGCUAGGCUCUGCUUUGCACUCUUUUUAAGAGAACAUAUUAGGAAGAUAAAACCUGUUUCUAUAAUACAGUAUAUUUUUCUUUAACAUUUAACAAUAAUAUAGUCUUUUAACACAGACAGAAGGAGAUAAGCCAUAUUGUCCUCGUAGCCACUGAGUGCUGGGUUCAGGAAACCAUCUGUAUGCAGUGGCGAGUGAGGAUGCAGGGAGUUGUAGAUAUAAAAAUAAGCAUUUCCCGGUGCCUCAGGCUCCCUUCUUUGUGAGAGUCAGUGGGCUAGCAAGGUGGCCAACAUAAUGCAUGGGGUUUAGACUAAACGGUCAGCCUUAGCCCUCUCCCCUGGCACCUUCAUGCCCCCUCCCUACAGCACACUGAGCCAAUAGCAGCCUUACACUCCAACAGGUACUCCUCAUUACUGAAAUAUGUUUACAGGGCUCUCACAGACCCCAAAAGUUGUACUCUCUGUUAGCACUCUAUUAUACGAAUGUUUAUCACUGAGGUGAUGUACAUGAUGCAUUGUUGUAUUUUUUUUUAUAUUUAAAUUUGUGGUACUGCCAAUGGUAUUUAAUAAAAAAAACCUGCUUUUUUACAAUAA